AUGUUAGAUGAAAUUAUAAAUCAAAAUAAUUUAAAUAAAACUUUAAAUCAAAAAUAUAAAUAUGAAAUUUUAGAUCAAAAUAAUUUGUAUGAAAUUAUAGAUCAAGAAAAAUAUUUUCAUAUUUAUAAUUACUUAGAAUUCAAAAAUAUACAAAAAAUAGGAGAGAUUAAUAACCAUCAAAAAGAUAAUGCGAGGAAAUGGAUAGAGAAUGCUAUAAAUAAUGAAAAUGUUAAAUUUAUACCUUUUAAUCAGUUACAAAAUUCUAAACUACUUGAUACCGGGAAUUUUGGAUGUGUUAUGAAAGCAACUUGGAUUAAAACAGAUACAUUUGUUGCUUAUAAAAGAUUAACUAAUAUAGCAUCCAUUAAAGGCACUAAAUUAAAUGCUUUUAUUCAUGAAUUACAAAUACAUUUGCAACUUGAUUAUAGUGAUCGAAUUGUACGUUGCUUAGGUAUUAGCCAAGGUCGUGAAAAUGUUGUAGAAAAUACCCCUAAGCAUUAUGAAGAGCUUUAUAAAAAGUGUUGGGACUCAACGCCAGAGAAAAGACCAAGUAUUAGAAAAAUAUUAAAAGAACUUGAAGAAAUGAUUGAAGAGAAAAAGCCAACCAUUAUAGAAGUAUCAGAAGAAUCUAAAAAAGUGGGUGUUGAAAUAGAUGACUCAAAUCCCGAGGAAACGGAAGUAGAUGACAAUAAUUUAUCAACUGAAAACCACGCGAAAAGUUCGGAAUCCAAUCCGACUACCCUAAUCUGGGAACCUUCCACUUCACAUGGAUUGGCCUCAGCGAUCAUUCAUGCUUACACCCUUCACCAACAUCUUCGAUUCUCACCAGACGACGUGUGGUUAACUAUCGCACAAGGAGAAGAAGUCCUUAUAGAUGCUCGUGACAUUAUAGGACAUGUCAACGGAAAUUUCUUAGGUGAUUGGCCGAAAGCGAUCGCUCGACUUUCAGAUUCUACCGAUCAACGAGUUAAAAAAGUUGGUUUAAAACAACUUCUCGAAUGUGAUUUCUCCACCUCAUCAAGUGCAUCCAUCACCGCUAGUCAAAUUAUAUUGUUGGAUUCGAUGAAAAAGUAUUUCACCUACGGAAUGCGUGGUGGUUGUGGUAUUCCAAAGGUUACACUUGAUGGUACCUUAGAAGAUUGGUUACAUCUUCAAGAAAAGGUCGCAAAACUUCGUGGGUUAGGAUUGAACCUUGAUUUUUGGUUGGACAGACUGGAACCGGUGGUGGCCCAAUUCGUUAACACCUAUAAAGGAAACGUUGAUGAAGACUUUUGGAGCAUGGUAAUUUACCAGGUUCCUUACGGCAGUGGAAUGCCGACUCCUUGCUGGGAUGGAUGGGUAUGCGCUUUGUUUCCGUAUACUGAGUCAAGAUUCAAACUUACGAAAAAUUCUAUUGUUCCUUCUUCAAUACCUUCCGGAUUGGUGAACGUUCCAUUUAAAUUGAAUAUUGAGGAAGAGAAUUUCAAAUUGAGUUUCUCUGCGGGCUUUUUGGGUGCUAGACAGGAUAAGAUUAACGAUGAGUAUGUCGUUUCACCUGUUAUUGGUUGGUACGUUGCUGAUGCCUAA